AUGAGAGUUAGCAUCAUCGGCGCGACGGGCGAGACCGGCCAGUCCAUCAUCGACGGCCUCCUGAAGUCGACCGAGCCCAAAUAUGAUAUCACGGCUCUCACUCGUCCUGCUUCAAUGCAAAAGCCCGAGGUGCUGGACCUCCAGAAAAAAGGCAUCCACAUCGUCGCCGCUAAUCUUGAGGGUCCUGAAGAUGCACUCACGGAGAUCCUCAAAGGCACAGAUGUUAUGAUUUCUGCCAUCAAUGCUGGCAAUCUGAUGGCUCAGAUUCCUCUGAUUAAUGCAUCGAAAGCGGCUGGUGUCGGGCGAUUUAUUCCUUGCUUUUUCGCCACCAUAGUCCCUCCCAAGGGCAUCCUGAAGCUAAGAGACAUCGUGGGUUCAACGCUCUGA